AUGGAGGAUAUCCCUUACACAUCAGCUGUAGGGAGCCUCAUGUAUGCUCAAGUUUGCACACACCCAGAUAUUGCGUAUGCAAUUGGAAUGCUUGGCAGAUAUUUGAGUAAUCCAGACAUGAAUCAUUGGAAAGCUGCUAAAAAGGUAAUGUGGCACUUGCAAAGAACAAAAGAUUAUAUGCUCACAUAUGGGAGGUCAGAACAUUUUGAUAUCAUUGGAUUCUCAGACUCUGAUUUUGCUAGUUGCCUCGAUAAUAGGAGAUCCACUUCAGGGUAUGUUUUCAUGUUAGUUGGAGGAGCCAUGUCAUGGAAAAGUGUUAAACAUACGCUUAUAGCUUCUUCUACUAUGGAAGCAGACUUUAUUGCUUGCUAUGAGGCAUCCAAUCAAGUAAUAUGGUUGUGA